AAGUUUUCCUGAAUUUCACGGGGAAUUCUCUCAACUUAACCCUCUUUUUUUCACGCAGCGUACAAGUGGGGAAAUCACCUCUACUUGGAAAAUUGAGGAGAAGACGUUUGGAUUUGGUUGGCGAUCAGCCUCUGUGUCAGUUUCAUGUUGCGCGUCAAUUCCAUGUCAAUUUCCUGCAGGCUGGUAAUUCCUAGUCAGUCCUGUGCACUUCCUCGUUAAUGAUGACUAUGACCGCGAUGGCUGACGGUCUGUUAGCACCAGACUCAUCCAAGUCGGCCUUUCUGGAGUUUGGACAUCCAGCUCAGCAGUCAUCCCCUGGCAUGUCCCAUGGACACUAUCCAGUGCACGGCUUGCACUCGAGCGGACAUUCUCAGCACGAUGGUUCUUACUCAGGCGCCUCUUCGUAUGGCAGAUCGCUGGGUUACCCGUACCCAAGUCCAGUUAGCAAUCAUGCAGCUAAUCCGUACAUGCCAUACCAGAACAGCAGCACUUUGGGUCACACCAGGUUAGAAGACACAGAACACGAGAAGUCGACUGUAAUCGAAAAUGGAGAAAUCCGAUUGAACGGGAAAGGGAAAAAGAUCCGAAAACCGAGGACGAUUUAUUCGAGCUUACAACUGCAGGCUCUGAAUCAUCGCUUCCAGCAGACGCAGUAUUUGGCAUUGCCAGAGAGAGCAGAAUUGGCAGCCUCUCUGGGACUCACCCAGACACAGGUGAAAAUCUGGUUUCAGAACAAGCGCUCCAAGUACAAGAAACUGAUGAAACAUGGCUCCAGUGUGCAAGAAGGUGACCAUCUGCCCACCUCUGCUGCUUUGUCUCCAUGUUCACCUAAUAUCCCACCAGUCUGGGACGUUGCCAUGGCAAACAAGGGUGCCACUAUGCCUCCAAACAGCUACAUUAACAGUUUUGGGUCAUGGUACCCACCAGCCCACCAGGACACCAUGCCAAGACCCCAGAUGAUGUGACUGACCAGGAGUACAAUAUAUCCCGCAGACUUUCUAUCAAUUAGACUAAAAAGGUUACAUGAUUUGUGGUAGUUACGUACCAGAAAGAAUGACUGAUUUUUAGAUAGCAAUGGCUAUAUGCUUUCAGUCAUACCUAAACAGGUUUGUUGUAGAAAUGCAAUGGGUAUAUAGAGUCAAACUUCUCUAAUGAGUGCAAUGCAGUCUUUGUAUAAUGUCUGAUACUCUAUUGGAGAAGUUUGAAUAAUCUAUAAUCUACAUUGAGAAUUGCAAAAAAAAACAAUGAACUGAUUUUAUAGCUCUUCUAUUAAUCUCGAUUUUAAUGUUGUUUAAAAACACACAUCUUCAAGAUGCAGAUCCUUCUUAGUUGGAUAAAAUGCAAAGGCUGCAUUUCAAAUUGUUCACAGACAGGGCCCACUCUCUGUUUAAGAUAAAGACCAUAUCAACUUUGUUUUAUUUAAUUAUCAUAACGUUUGAAGUAUUAUGGUUUUCUAGACAAUAUUUAGUUGAAAUGUAUCACACUAGAAUUUUCAGGGGUUCUUUGAAUAUAAUAAAUAUGAAAAAGUGAAUAUGAUAAAUUUAAACACAAACAGUUGUCAAGAUGUAUAUAGUUAAAAAUAAUUGGAAAUACUAGAUUCUGGGAAAAUAGCUUUAAGAGAGACCAAAGUUUGGGGCUUUGAUCCUUGAUUUAAAAUUCUGGGGAUAAAAUAUUAACUGUGUUUACAGAUGCUAAUGGAAAUAUAGAAAAUUUCCAAUGUUUUCAACAUUAAAAUAAUUGUCGGCACUUUCAUAUCUAUCCUAUUAGAUAGAAGAAAGCUUAGUCUCAUCCAACAGCUCAACCAACACAAGAAAUUUGCAACCAUUACUUCCCAUAGUUCCAUCCAUUAUAAUCCAUGUUUGAUCUUAAAUCAUUGAAAUCAAGACUGGGGUGUUUAAAAUAACUAAAGACUAGUGUCUUUGAGUCAAAUUAAUCUAAUUAUUGCAAAGAAGUUCUGCCCACCUGACCACCAGUCCUGUUCCUCUCGCACCCCCCCCACCACCCCAUGCCCUCAUGAUAAACUAUAUAAUUAAUAACGAAAUGUGAUGUGUUAUAGGCGAUGAAACAACUGGACGUGACUCUCAUUUGAAAUACAGCCUAUGUAUCGAAAUAAAAGGGAUAUGUUUAGCUCAUCCAAGCAAUAAGGAGGCAAAAGAUGUCUUGGAGAACAAAACGGUAGAACACAGUAUGUGUGUGUAUAUAUUAAAAUAAUUGUAAAUAGUGCAUAUGUAUUAUGUCAUUAUUCUAAGUAAAUCAGUGAUACGCAUUCAAAGCAUCCUAUAUACACCCGAUUCGGAUAAACAUGGCUACUCGAUUUAAUAGUAUGUUUCUCAGGAUAAUAGAAACCGGAGCGUGUUCGCAUUAUUUUGAAAAAAGCAAUGCCGACUUACUGUGGACUUAACUGUAAUUAUGUGUAAAGGAAAAGCAAGAUGAUUGCAUGUAAUUGAUCAAACUAUUUCAUUCAGUCUACAUCCCUACACCAUUUCUUACUUACGUUUCCUCGAGGUCAAACAUAGACGUGAAGCUUACUAGAUUUUUAAAAUUAUAUAAAAUGUCUGCGGUCACGUUAAAAAGUGGAGGAAAGGUGAUUUUAUUUUUGCAUGACUACAUAUUAAUUUGCCGAGAAGAAUUGGUGCAUUUCUGGAAAUGUUGUAAUUUGUCUUUCUGAUUAAAAAGGCAUUGGACUUUUAAAAUGCAGCUAUCGUUUGGAUUAUGGUAACCGAGGGCCCACGCGCCUUUGCCCUGGCGUUACACUGAUGUUGCGGGAACAUUAGUUCACUUAGAUCAAGUGUAGGAUGGCGAAUUUGUCUUGAUUGUUGCAUCUCUAUUUUUUGAUGAAACAAAAGAUGACGACAUUACUUGAAGCUGAUGCGGCUUACUAAAUAAAAAUCCAAAGAAACGUUUUCUUUCGCGGCGUGUGUGAGAUAGGGAUGGGCGCU